AUGCGGCGCCUCCUCUGCGCGCUCGUCGCGCUGGCGGCGCCGACGCGCGCCUACCAGGACCCCAACGCGACGGCGCAGCUGAAAUACCUGCAAAACCACUGCGUCGCGGCCCCCUGCAGCGCCCACGGCCCCUGCGCGCCGCGCUUCGCCCGCGCGCAGCCCGGCGCGACCGUCGCGAGGGGCACGGCCUGGGUGAUCACCGUGAAGCGCGUGCGCCGCGCGACGCAGAGCGACUGGGCGAACAUGGAGCACUUUGCGGCGACGACGCUGCCGCAGUACGAGGAGCUCUGGCGCGGCCGGACGGGCGUCGACCACGUCGUGCUGCCGCAGGUCGCCGCGGCGUCGAACUUCGCGAGCGCGCGGGGCGCGGACACGGACUGGUUCAAGGAGACGGCCAGGGUCGCGUUCGCGGCGCUCCGGGCAAGAGCGAACCUCGCGCCCGCGCCAGCGGGCGACGGCUUCCUCGUCUUUCGCGACGGCCUGGGCCGGUCGACGUGCUACGAGCGCGUCGUCCACGCGACCUACGUGCCGAGGGCGACGUACCUGAGGGACCCCGACGCGACGCGCGCGUUCUUGGAAGCCGCGGACGGGCUCCACGGCGGCGGGUCCGUGGCCGACGCGGCGCCGUCGACGCGCCCGCCGCGGACCGUGACGUUGCUCCUGCGCUCCGCGAACCUGAACCGGCCGGCGAAGCGCGCGGGGCCCGCGUGGGCGAACUCGCGAGAGUUGGCGGCGUCGCUCGAGCGGUGGCUGUCCUCGGAGCACCCGGGCUGGGUUUUGCAGACCGUGGCCCUCGCCCACGCCUUCUCCUUCGCGUCCCAGUUCCGCACGGCGCAGCACUCGGGCGUGCUCGUGGGAGCGCACGGCGCGUCGCUGACGAACGGCGUCUUCCAAAGGGACGGCGCGGCGCUACUCGAGGUGCUCAACUGCGGCCACCGGUCGAACACGUACCGCAAGCUCGCGACGAACCGGGGCCUCUUCUACGCGUCGGCGACGAAGGCGGGCCAGGGCCCGGGGGGCGCGGACUGCGGCAGGGACCUCGGCCGGCGCCACGUGGACACGCGGCGGUCGCUGCCGUUGGACGAGCUCCGGGGGCCGCUCUCGGCGGCCAUCGCCGCCGUCGAGGCCAACCUGCCGCCGGCGACGCUCGCCGGCUGCGCGUCGCUGCUCCCGGCGGCCGGCGACCGGUCCGUCGGCGACGUCGACUCCCUCGCGGCGGCCCUCGAGCGGUCCGACGCGCGCGGGGACGAGCGAAGGCGGCUCGGCGAGUGCGCGGCCUACCGGGCGGGCACCCUCUUCGCGACGCACGUCGCCCUCGGCGGCGACGACGGCGCGGACGUCGCCGCGCACCGGCGGCGGCGGACGUUCUUGCUCGCGGCCGCGGCCUUCGAUCGCAGGGGCGGCGGCCUCGUCGACUCCUGGGCCAUGAGCUUCUUCGUGGACAGCGCGGCCGUCGCCCUCGUCGAGGCGCAGCGCCUCGCGCGCCACGUGCUCUUCCUCCACGCGGGCACGUCGUUCUGCAAGCUCGCGGCGCGCAACAAGUGCGCGGCGCCGCCGAAAUUCUCGACCAUGUGGGACCCCGGCGACGGGCCGACCUGGGGCAACUGCGCGCGGGGGUUGAAGGUCGUCCACGAAUCCGCGUCCAAGAUCGGCAAGGGCCGCCGCGCGCGGUGCUCCGCGAAGGAGCUCGACUGCGCGCAGCGGCUCGCGGCCUUCAAGACGCGCGGCUACGAGCUGAUGGCCGUCGAGCGCUGGGCCGACGCCGGCGGCGCCGUCUGCCCGUCGCCGGCGUCCAACAAGGAGGCGCUCUGGUACGCGACGGUUUUGCGGGAGCCGCUCGCGCGCGUCGCGAGCCACCACAACCACCUCUGGACGAAGACGCUGCGCACGGCGCCCAAGGCCGUCAAGGGCCGCACGCGGUCGAGCCGCAAGCCGGGCCUGUAUUUCAAGGGCGUCUUCGAGGACGGCGGACCGGCGCCGUGCGUCGACCCGGAGGAGCUGCCGUUCUCCGUGGGCGCGCCGCACCGCACGGGCUACGACUGGUCCAUGGUCUGCGCCAUGAGCUCCGACUACGCCACGCGGAGCCUGCUGGGCACGUCCUUCAGCGACCGGCCCUACGACGCGCGCGUGCCGCCGCGCGAGCCGCCGGACGCGCUGCUGCGACGGGCCAAGGACGCGCUCCUCGACUUCGCCGUGGUCCUCGUCGUCGAGCAGGCGUCCCGCGCCCGGAACGUCGUGCGCCACGGCCUGGGCUGGCGGCCCUUCUCGAAGGCGGACGUCUUUCCGACGAUCGGCCGCGACGCGUCGAAAUCCCGCAAGGUCGUCGCGGCGAACGCCACGGGCAGCGACCGCGCGCUGCUGACGCAGCACAACCAGCUCGACCUGGCCCUCUACGCCUUCGCCAACGACCUCUUCGACGCCGACGUCUUCUUCUACGACAAGGCCGCGCACAGCGGCCUCUUCCGGGAGCCCAUCGCCGACGCGCGGCGCCUCUUCUGCGGCUUCAACAAGGCGCCGCCGCCCGUCGACGAGGCCGCGGGCGACGACGAGGCCGACGGCUACGGCGAGGAUCCGCCCGGCGCCUUCUUCGGCACCGGCGCGGCGGCGGGCGGCGGCGGCGGCGGCGGCGGCUCCGCGGGGUCGACGAACCAGCCGAAGGGCUCGUCGUCGUCCGACGCGUCGCGCUGGAGGCAGCUCGGCUUCCGCGGCGCCCAGGCCGGCAGCUGCUUCGCCGGCGUCGCGCCGGCCGCCGCGGCGCGCCGGUUCGUCCACGGCGGCGUCUCGGCCUCGCUGCCCGAGCUCGACGAGUCCAUGGCGUACGACAGGCCCGAGAGCAGGUCCGACGGCAGGGGCCACGGGUUGCUGUUUCCGACGAAGCUGCUGAAGGAGCAGAGCCGGCGCUCCACCUCCGCCGCGUCGAGCGUCGCCAUCAGCGCGGCGUGA